GAUGGGCCUAAGGUAUAGUGUGAGUCAUUCACUGGAAAAAAAAAAAUCUACCAAAGUAAUAAUGUAAAUAAGACAAUGAAUCCCAGAGCUCAGAGUCUGAGGAGGGUAUUAUGGAUGAACCUGGGACGUGGACGAUUAUCUCAGAUUUCAUCCAUUACCAAAGUAAGGUCUGAUUCACUCAAAUUACUGAUGCAAAAUCCCAAGUAGUUAGAUUAAAUGGGUGAGAACUUCCUCAUCCAAUCAGGUGGCAGCUUGUGUCUAAGAGGCGGGGCUCCGAUUAAAUGGAUGAGAACUUCCUCAUCCAAUCAGGUGGCAGCUUGUGUCUAAGAGGCGGGGCUCCGAUUAAAUGGAUGAGAACUUCCUCAUCCAAUCAGGUGGCAGCUUGUGUCUAAGAGGUGGGGCUCCAAAGGGAAAGCCAGGGGGACGUGGAUAUAAAGGUCAGAAUGGCUAGGCAAGACACUGUGAGCAUUGGAACCUGAAGUGACUGUCUUACCCCUGCUGGGACUGGAAGACCUGUAACCAGUGUCCAGAUCAGACAAGUCAUUCGCCACCAUCAGGACGCCCCAUCUCAUCCAGGCUAGCCAGUCUUAACAGGCUGGCCUCAAACUCAGAGAUCCUCCUGCCUCUGCCUCCGGACUGCUGGGAUUAAAGGAGUGCUGCCCCACCGCCCUGCCUCAAAGGGAUUUUCGACAGAGGAUCUGAUCUUGGGAAGGCUUGUCAAAAAUGUCAAAAGCCUGGUUCACCGCCUCUCCCACCAGCACCAAGAGCUGCAGCCGCUCCGGCGAGGACCCCGAGGCGGCAGCAGCAUGUGCCGCCUCGGUCGCGGGUCGGGCACCCCUGGUAUUGGCUUCUGCCGUGCUGCCCACCAACACUGCCUCGGAGAGCAAGGCCAGCCCUGCGGGGACCACAGGAGGACCCGGGGCUGGAGCCGCCACCACCGGCCCCAUGGCGGCGGGGGCCAGGGAGCCUGCGAAGAGGCGGCGUGUGCAGGCCUCGGUGGCAGCGGGCAACAGGUCUCACCCGGAAGGGGCAAUGUCUAAGGGGGUUUAUGCCCUGCCGAGCAAGAACAACCGAGAAGUGAAGCCCGUCGUCUCCAGCACGCCUCUGGUGGACUUUUUGAUGCAGCUGGAGGAUUACACUCCGACGAUCCCGGAUGCAGUGACUGGUUAUUACCUGAACCGUGCUGGCUUUGAAGCUUCAGACCCACGCAUAAUCCGGCUCAUCUCACUCGCUGCCCAGAAGUUCAUCUCAGAUAUUGCCAACGAUGCCCUACAGCACUGCAAAAUGAAGUCCACCGCCUCUGGCAGCUCCCCGAGCAAGAGGAAGGACCGCAAGUACACCCUUACCGUGGAGGACUUGACCCCUGCCCUCAGAGAAUAUGGUAUCGACGUGAAGAAGCCACCUUACUUCACGUGAGCCACCCAACCCAAACCUAUUUGUCUUUGUCUUUUCCUCUGUCCCCACA